GGAUUACAACGUACUAUUUAUAAUGGCUCCGCUACCGACACCGCAGUCUUUUGAGGAACAAGAUUAAAUCUAAUUACCCUGCGGUGGAGGUUGAAUAAGGCUUAAGGAUAUGGAUCUUUUUCAUUUACUUAUUUCGGCUCGUCGGGUUUAAUGCAUGACAUUAACUUGCACGACAAAGGUGUAGUGUAAACGUCAGUCCGCACGGAUUAAGCGGUAGCCUGUUAGAUUUUAUGCAAACAACAUGGAGGCUUCUAGACACAUGUGAGCGUAUAUCCAGACAAGGAACUGCUUCAGACGUGAUGAAAAAAAGAAACAACAAGUUGAUAUUGUCUGAAAUGAAACAAUUUAUCAUGAACUUGCCGGCUGGUUAUGUGAAACGGCUGACACUGGCAGUGAUACUUCUUUUGUCCUGUCUUCUCAUCACAGUCGAAAUAUGGCAGAAAACUGCUCAUGCCAAUUCAAGAAACGCACGCUUCAAGAGCAGACGACUUUGGUUAUCGGCAGACGACGACGUCAGUGAAAACCAAUUGCCGCAAAAAGCUCACGAUAAUUUCGAGAUAAACAAAGAGAAUCUUUUUUUGAAUCCGAAGGAUUUGCAAAACCCUCCUAAUCACGUGACGAUAUACGAUUUCAGCCAACCGAAUGACGACGUGUACAAGUGUCCGGAGCUGCGGUUACGGACAGUGAAGACUCCAAUAUGCAUCUAUUCUUAUUCCGACGACGUGUAUAUUUCUGGCGACAUCAUAAAGGGGCACAUCUUUGAGAGAAUGCUUGUCACCCAUUUCCAGGACUUGCUGAUCAGCGACCCACACAUGCAGUUUAUAGACAUCGGUGCUAAUAUUGGUGUGUGGUCGCUUAACGCUGCCAAUAUGGGACGCCAGGUGCUAGCGGUGGAGCCGUUCUUUGCAAGCUACAGGCGCUUCCAGCGCAGCGUCAUUCUCGGACACUACGAGAACAACGUCACUCUUGUUACCAACCCAAUCUCGAAUAAACGAGAGUACGUGACUUUUAAAUCUACACCGGGAAAUAAAGGAGGGACAUCAAUAAUACCAAUCAGUGAAAUGAAAAUAGUUCCAAAAGACGCUCCAAUUGUCUCAACAAUAACAUUAAAUGAUCUUGUUAGCGUCAUUGACUUUAAAUUUUCUAGGGCAUUUUUGAAGAUUGACAUUGAAGGCAAUGAGCUUAAGGCCCUGGCAGCAUGUGAAGAAUUGUUAGCAAAAAUCGACAUUCCCUUCAUAGAACUUGAAUGGGACCAAAUAAGGAAACACACCAAUGAAACUGCUGAACUUGUUAAUCGCAUGUCAGCAAAGGGGUAUCUCCCCUUUAAGGACGGCUUAGUCAUUCCUGGAUAUAUCUUGGGGCCAAUGAAAAACGACACAAGAUGGCGUGGUAUGGGUCAGUUAAUGUUUGCCAAGAAAAGUUACAUUGAAAAGAGAAUGAAUUAUGUUUUAACAAAAGAUUCGUACAGGUGACCCUUGUGUUUGGCAUAUCAAAUUCCACUGGUUUUCAUUUUUUUUAAAUAUUCAGUGCUUGUUCAAAGUAACGUUCGAUAAAGAUUUCGAUGGAGAAUUUUU